AUGGCUUCUCCAACAUCCUCCGAAUUCCCAUCCUCCCCUCCCAAGCGAACAAAAAUUGUAUUGUUGGGUGACCAAAGUGUCGGAAAAACCAGUCUUAUCACCCGAUUCAUGUACGACACCUUUGACAACACGUACCAGGCAACAAUUGGUAUCGAUUUCCUAAGUAAAACCUUGUAUCUUGAAGAUCGGACAGUGAGGCUGCAGCUCUGGGACACGGCUGGACAAGAGCGCUUUCGUUCAUUGAUACCAUCGUAUAUUCGCGAUUCCUCCGUGGCUAUCAUCGUUUUCGAUAUAACAAACAGACCAUCCUUUCUAUCGACGACAAAAUGGAUAGAGGAUGUGCGUUCAGAACGAGGGAAGGAGGUGAUAGUCGUAUUGGUGGGCAACAAGGCCGACUUGUCAGACAAACGGGAAGUAACACUUGAAGAGGCUACGGCGCAGGCGACCCAGCUCGACGUAUUGUUUAUGGAGACAUCCGCUAAAGCAGGUCACAAUGUAAAGAAUCUGUUCAAAAGGAUAGCCAUGUCGCUACCGGGUAAAGAGAAAGAAGAGGAGCCGGAGGGUAAUACAAAAAUCGAGAUUACGACACCGGCGGCGGACCAAAACCAGGAAGGAUCGCAAUGCAGCUGCUGA